AUGGAAUAUAGAACACUAGAACUCAACAUAAUUUCUGCAAAAGAUCUCAAAGAUGUUAAUCUCUUCUCCAAGAUGGACGUAUACGCCGUCGUUUCAAUCACCGGCGAUCCUAUCAAUCCUCAAACCGCCACCACUCAUAUCCACCGCAACGGCGGAAAAAACCCUACCUGGAAUUUUUCUGUCAAAUUCACUGUCAACGAAUCUCUUGCUAAUCAGAAUCGUCUCUCUCUUGAAAUCAAACUCAUCUCCGAUCGCGCCGUCGGAGAUACUGUGAUCGGUACCGUUCAUAUAUCUCUCAAGGAACUUCUUGAUAACCCUUCCGGUGAUUCUUUAAGGCAGGUUGGUUAUCAGGUUAGAACAACCUCGGGGAAAUCGAAGGGGACGUUGAAUCUUUCCUACAAAUUCGGGGAACAUGUCGGGGCUCCGGCGAUGAAGUCAGAGGUGAAAAAUGAAAAGGUGAAAGGGAAACAUGAAUCGGAACCAGUGAUGGCUUAUCCUCCACCGGGAGUGGCGGCGGGGUCUAGUUCUGUUCCGUACGCUGGAUAUGGAUAUCCUCCACCGCAACAAGCUGGAUAUGGGUAUCCACCACAACAACAACAACAACAACCGGGUUACGGAUAUCCACCACCCCAACAACCGGGUUAUGGGUAUCCACCGCAGCAGCAACCGGGUUAUGGGUAUCCACCGCAGCAGCAACCGGGUUAUGGAUAUCCAGGGGCACAGAAACCUAAAAAGAAUAAAUUCGGAAUGGGUUUGGGAGCAGGGUUGCUUGGAGGUGCAUUAGGUGGGAUGUUAAUUGGUGAUAUGGUUUCUGAUGCUGGUGCAUAUGAUGCUGGAUAUGAUGAUGGCUUUGAUGCUGGUGGUUUUGAUUUCUAG